CUCAGCACCGCGCGUGUGCCAAGCCGCCUGGCCAGCGUCCAUCGACCGCCCCGGUGGGAGCUUAGAACGCGGCAGGCGAAGAGGGCUAGGAAGGGGGAGCGCCCAGGAGCAAGCGGCAGAAGCAGGCACCAUGACCGUGAUGUCCGGGGAGAGCGCCGAGGAGGCCGCGGCCGCCCCUGGCCACCCGCAGGACGGCAGCUACCCGCGGCCCAGCGAGAACGAUGACCACGAGCGCUGCGAGCGCGUGGUCAUCAACAUCUCCGGGCUGCGCUUCGAGACGCAGCUCAAGACGCUGGCGCAGUUCCCCAACACGCUGCUGGGCAACCCCAAGAAACGCAUGCGCUACUUCGACCCGCUCCGGAACGAGUACUUCUUCGACCGCAACCGGCCCAGCUUCGAUGCCAUCCUGUACUACUACCAGUCCGGGGGCCGCCUGCGCAGACCCGUCAACGUGCCCCUGGACAUGUUCUCCGAGGAGAUCAAAUUUUACGAGCUGGGCGAGGAGGCCAUGGAGAAGUUCCGGGAGGACGAAGGUUUCAUCAAAGAGGAGGAGCGACCUCUGCCGGAGAAGGAGUACCAGCGCCAGGUGUGGCUGCUCUUCGAGUACCCGGAGAGCUCGGGGCCAGCCCGGGUCAUCGCCAUCGUGUCCGUCAUGGUCAUCCUCAUCUCCAUCGUCAUCUUCUGCCUGGAGACGCUGCCGGAGCUGAAGGAUGACAAGGACUUCAUGGGCACCAUCCAUCGCAUCGACAACACCACGGUCGUCUACGCCUCCAACAUCUUCACGGACCCCUUCUUCAUCGUGGAGACGCUGUGCAUCAUCUGGUUCUCCUUCGAGCUGGUGGUGCGCUUCUUCGCCUGCCCCAGCAAGACGGACUUCUUCAAAAACAUCAUGAACUUCAUCGACAUCGUUGCCAUCAUCCCUUACUUCAUCACGCUAGGCACGGAGAUAGCUGAGCAAGAGGGCACUCAGAAAGGCGAGCAGGCCACCUCCCUGGCCAUCCUCAGGGUCAUCCGCUUGGUCAGGGUCUUUAGAAUCUUCAAGCUGUCCCGUCACUCCAAGGGUCUCCAGAUCCUGGGCCAGACGCUCAAGGCAAGCAUGAGAGAGCUAGGGUUGCUCAUCUUUUUCCUCUUCAUUGGGGUCAUACUCUUUUCUAGCGCAGUGUACUUUGCUGAGGCGGAAGAGGCUGAGUCGCACUUCUCCAGUAUCCCCGAUGCUUUCUGGUGGGCGGUGGUAUCCAUGACCACCGUAGGAUACGGUGACAUGUACCCUGUGACAAUUGGAGGCAAGAUCGUGGGCUCCUUGUGUGCCAUCGCUGGUGUGCUGACAAUUGCCCUGCCCGUACCUGUCAUUGUGUCCAAUUUCAACUAUUUUUACCACCGAGAAACUGAAGGGGAGGAGCAGGCUCAGCUGCUCCACGUUAGCUCCCCCAACUUAGCCUCGGACAGCGACCUCAGUGGCCGCAGCUCCUCCACCAUCAGCAAGUCAGAGUGCAUGGAGGUCGGAGAGGACAUGGAUAAUAGCCUCGCCCAUUACAGACAGGCCAAUAUCAGAACUGGUAACUGCACCACAGUUAAUCAAAACUGCAUUAAUAAGACCAAGCUACUGACCGAUGUUUAAAAGCAGA